AUGGCGACCGGAAACUGCACGACGAGUCGGAAGAAACGACUAACCGCAGCCGCCGAUGGGCAUCGUCUCCCUUGCGCCAGGAGAGUACUACGCAGCAGGUCAAAAGCAAACCCUCGUAUUCCAAUCAGCGAUCUUGGGGACGAUCUCCUGGUGGGAAUUCUGAUCCGCAUCCCCAACGCUAGAUCCGUCUUCCGGUGCAAAUCCGUCUGCAAACGGUGGGACUCACUGAUCUCCGAUCCCAAUUUCCGUCUCCAUUUCGUUUCUCACCACCGGAACGAAGGGGACGACGACGACGACAGAGAACCAGCUCUGCUGCCAACAGAUAAGCCCGAACCCAUCCUGAGCUUUCUCCCCGUGCCUGAUGAAAUUCGAAAGCAUUUCAUUGUUGUGGAUUCUUUCAAUGAUAUGGUUUUAUGUGGGUUUCGCUGGGCGAAGGAGGAUGAAAAUAGUUAUCACGAAUUGGGGAGGUUGUUCUUCGUCUGUAAUCCGUUUACAAGGCAAUGGGUCGCCCUCCCUUUAGCGCCUGAAAGGUCAGAUCCUUGUCUUGUGUCGACGGAAAGCUUGGUUUGUGAGCCUCGUAGUAAUACUACUCAUGAUAGUAAUGGCCAAGUAAUUGGUAUCGAUUCCGAGUAUCGGUUCCGUGUGGUGCAUCUUUGUGGAACGGCUCAAGCUCCGAAAAUAGACGUGUUCUGUUCGGAGUCUGGGGAAUGGAUGACUGACGUUAUUGAUAUGGAUCGUAAUUUAAGAUUCGUUCCAGGGCGUCUGAUGUCGUGCUGCAAUGGCAAGUUGUGUUGGCUGGCUGCUGACAUGAUUCGUGUUGCUGUGUGGGAUCCUUUCCGCCCACAUGUACCUCCAACUUCUAUUUGUAGUCCCUGCUUGGCUGGCAGAGUCGGUGCGCAAGUUUGGGCUUCACAUGGUGAUUUGCACAAGAUUGAGGUUUACCCUGAUGUUCUACCAGGUCUUCCAUGGAGUGUUUUGUGUGUUUUUAGAUUGACAGAAGAAGGCAUUGGCACUGCUGAUGGAAAAUGUCGCGAACUAUAUAAAGCGUCUUGGAUGGAUUUACUAAGAUCUGUCCGUGAAGAAUAUGGAGACAUGGAGCUGCACAAUGUACUUGCUCUGCACCCGAGUAAGCCGGAAAUUGUCUUCUUGGAAUUGUCUAGUCCUCUUGCUUAUGGACGUCUUAUCUUCUCCUGCAAUUUGAGGACAAUGGAACUGAACUUUGUAGCUGAUCAAGUACCUAGUAUUCGCUGGAAGGUGUUGCAGCCUAGGUUCACUUGCUGGCCUACCCCAAUUCCUAGCUAUGAGAAACUGCGAGGUAUGUAUGAUGGAACCUACAGUUGUUUGGUUCAGAGCUGCAGCAAGGAAUCACCAACUCCCCUAAUAAAUGGUAACUUUACUCUCUUUCCUUCCCCUUUCUUGCCUGCGCUUUCUUUCGAUCUCGGAUGCACUAAACUGAACUUGAAUGUAGUAUUUGUAGCGGUGACACGAUGCAAAGAGACGUUUGUCUGUGCUCUCUAA